CUCCUCGUCACUUUUCCGUUUGCAAUGGAGAGACUAAGAGCACUGGUGAACGAAAUCGCCUACGCUCAGGACCACGCUAAGCUCAGUCCUCUCCAAUCAUCUAUCGUUCCCUUGCUCUCCUUUGCUUCUUCUCUCUACAGCGUCACUCUCUCCCUUCGUCGUUCUCUCUACCACUUCGGCUUCUUCUCCAAGCACAGACUGGCAGUACCAGUGAUUAGUGUUGGGAACUUGACAUGGGGAGGCAAUGGGAAGACACCAAUGGUUGAGUUUAUAGCACACUCUUUAGCUGAUUCUGGGAUUUCACCUCUUAUUCUUACCAGGGGUUAUGCUGGUGGGGAUGAAGCUAGAAUGCUUCAGAGGCAUCUCCUUGGGAGACCUGUUAAGAUUGGUGUAGGUGCAAAUCGGGCGGCUACAGCUGCUUCUUUCUUUGAAAAAUAUGGUUAUGUUGAUCCUCGUGGUUGUAGAUUCUCCCAGAGAAUUAACAUUGAAGAGAAAGUGGGGGAUCAUCUCAAAUCAGAACAAAUUGCUGUUGUAAUUCUAGAUGAUGGAAUGCAGCACUGGAGCUUGUCGCGUGAUCUGGAAAUUGUAAUGGUUAAUGGGUUAAUGCGAUGGGGAAACCAUCAAUUACUACCACUUGGCCCUUUAAGAGAACCUUUGAUGGCUCUCAAACGAGCAGAUGUUGCUGUGGUUCAUCAUGCAGACUUGAUAUCGGAACAAAAUCUCAAGGAUAUUGAGUCAGAGAUUCGAGAAAUUAGGAAUUCUCUUCCAAUUUACUUCACAAGAAUGGCUCCCUCAUGCUUCUUUGAAGUGGAAAAUGUCAACUCUGAAAUACCUUUGACGACAGUGUGUAAUUCUGUUCUAUUAUGUGUUUCUGCAAUUGGAUCUGCUGAUGCUUUCGCACAGGACCUGAGGAAGUUAGGAGCGCAUUAUGUUGACCGAGUUGAUUUUAGUGACCAUCACUUAUUUCAGGCAAAGGACAUUGAGAUGAUCAGGAAGAAGCUUGGAGAACUUGAGGUCAGGUUCAACUCCAAGCCGAUCGUUGUUGUGACGGAAAAGGAUUAUGAUCGAGACUCUGAGGUUUUGAAGCAUUUGCAGCCGUUUAAAGUUCUGGUUCUAUGUUCUAAAUUACAAAUCAUGCCUCACAGAGGAUGCUCCGAGGAUAGCUUCAAGAAAUUGUUAAAGGAAUAUCUGGAAUAAUUAUAGGUAAAAAAAAGCUCUGCAUACACCUCAUACAUGCAUAAUGUCUUCAUAAAAUUUGUUUUCUGUGGGGUGGGUAGGAAUGUAAUGGAUAACAUCAGUCAUUAUCUGAUCAGUAACAUUUUUCCAUGGCAAAAGUAGAAAAAAAAAAAAAAAAAGCUUAAAGACAAUGGGGCCUGAGUCCUGAUAUAUACCAAGACUAGGAAGUUUCUUAAGAUUAUAAAAUCAAGACCAUUAUAUAUAUAUGGAGACAAGUGAACGUAAUAAUCUGAAAUUGAGCCGAUUUGAUUUAAAUGUUUUUUUUUGGGGUGUAUUUUUGGCUUAUGCACGAAUUUGCAGCUGAGAAAGUUGGGUUGCCAACUUCACCUCCACAUCUUUCCCUUAAAUCCAACUAAAAUAAGGCCCCAUUAUUCCUCAAUGGUGUCAACUUUGCCUCUGGAGGUGGAGGCAUCUUCAAUGGAUCUGAUCAAGCUCUUGUAAGUCGCAAACAAUUUUAUAAAAUUCUUCUAUCCCAUCUUGUUGAAAUAAGUAGGGGUGUAUCCAAAGUGAACUGGCUCGGAUUGAAUGUACAACUUGAUUCCUUUGUAUAUUUAAUAACAUUGUUUAUCCUAUUGUUAAAAUUAUUCGUUUCACCAA